AUGGAUGUCACAGCUGUCAAUUUCCCCGAGUGUCUCCCCUCCAUACUCAACGACAUCUCCACCAGCUGCUUCGUGGCCGUAGACUUCGAGCUGUCUGGGGUGGUCUUCAAACCAGGUACACCACAGUCACGGCCCCAGACCGUGCAGGAGCGAUACGUGGAAGCCAAGGCAGCCGCAGAGCGAUAUCAGAUUCUCCAAGUUGGGCUGACAACUUGCCAUGAAGACAAGGAAAAUGCCACCUACACCCUGAAACCAUACAACAUAAACCUGAGUCCAGUCACCCAGCAUGAGAUGGAUGUGAAUCGGGACUGGACAUUCGGAAGCCGCUCAAUGGAAUUCUUGCUUGCGAACCACUUCAGCAUUGACCAUAUGUGCACCUUUGGUGUCCGAUACCUGUCUCGAGAGGAAGAAAAACUGGCAAUUAAAAGAGCUACGGAGAAAUGUUACUCGCGGAACCCGGUCCAAGUUGCGGAUAUCAAAAAAGACGAUCAUGAAUCUCUGGAGUUCCUUGAAGCCGUUCGGACCAGUAUCAAUGAGUGGCUGGCACAGGGUGAGAACCGUCGUGACUGGCUCAACAUCCCACCACCCAGUAGUGUGCAACUCAUUCCGGGCCCCAUACCUACCGGGUUGAGCAGCAUGCAGAAAUGGCUGGUGCACCACCUCAUCAGUGACGAAUACCCUAACUUAACGUCGCGGGGUGCGUCAACGUUCGUCCAGAUCGAAUUCCGGGACCCGGGCAAUGAGCAGUAUACCUUCGAAACGAAACUGAAGGUCAAAAAAGAACGAGUCCGGAAGCAUAUUGGGUUCCGAUGGAUCGCAGAAGCACUUGUGGGUGGAAGCCUGGAAGAACUUGAACCAGAUGCUUUCCAUCCUCUGAUGAAGAUAAUCGAGCAGCCGACGUUCGGGAUCCAGCAGUUGGCAGACAAAGUGAAGAACCGGCUCAAGGAGAGCAGACCGGUUCUGGUGCUUCCUGGGCCCGUUGCCGAAUACCCUCGCCGAGUUCCAGACCGUCAUCCACGACCUAUUCCCGUGCUAGCGGAUACCAAGUACAUGGCCACUCAUGACUGUGGCUCGCUAAACCCUAUGUCUUCACUCGAGGAGCUCAACACAACUUUAGCUGGAAUAGAAAGCCCGAAGAUAGAGAUCGACCCUCGCUUUGGGAAGUACAAGUUCCGUAGGCGCACCCACGAGGCAGGAUACGAUAGCAUGCUUGCCGCCAUGGCCUUCGUCAAACUGGCAGGCGAUAUACAGCGCAGCCCUUCACAGCCGACUGUCAAACCCGGGCCACAGACGACCACGGCGCCCACAGCUACAUUGAUCCUGAGAAGUGAAUUCAACAACUUCUUCGACGUUGACACUGAGACCAUUCCGACAAUCCAACCUGCCCAGAUUGCUCGAGCUGGCGCAUCCCUAGCCGACACUGGUUCUGGGCGUAUCGCUCGCCUGGUCAACCAGGGUAAAUUACUGCCGCGUCUCGGAGAUGCCUUCUGGGAUACCUACGGGAACAUCCUGCGGGUGUUCGGUACGCAGGAGAGGAUGGUGCAACUAGGACGGGAGGUGCCGAAGCAGGAAGAGCUGCUGGUGGAGGUUUGA